UGAGCUCACUCGCAUUUUUGUUUUGUACUCUCAAAAGCACAAGCAUAAGAAACAUGUCGGAAGGUGUGCCCGCUGAUCAACAGGAGCCGCAGGUCGCCAAGCUGCUGCUCGACGACGCUUGGGAGCGCCAGCAGCGCAAGACGUUCACUGCCUGGUGCAACGCCAACCUCGGCAAGGCCGGCAUCAAGAUCGAGGACAUUACUGUCGACUUUAACGACGGUGUCAAGCUGCUCAAGCUGCUCGAAAUCAUUUCGGGCGACAAGCUGCCCAAGCCCGAGACUGGCAAGAUGCGUCUGCACAAGAUUCAGAACAUCAACAAGGGCUUUGACUUUCUCAAGUCCAAGAACGUCAAGCUCGUCGGCAUUGGCGCUGAGGAAAUUUGCGACGGCAACCUCAAGAUGACGCUCGGCAUGAUCUGGACAAUCAUUCUUCGCUUCCAAAUCCAGGACAUUUCCGUCGAGGAGAUGUCUGCCAAGGAGGGUCUGCUCCUCUGGUGCCAGCGCAAGACCAAGGGCUACCGCGGCGUCAACAUUCAAAACUUCCACGUCUCGUUCAAGGACGGUCUGGCCUUUGCCGCGCUCAUCCACCGCCACCGCCCGGAGACGAUCGACUACGACUCGCUCAAGAUUGGCGACGCCGCCGUCAACCUCAACCUUGCCUUUGACGUUGCGGAGCGUGACAUUGGCAUCCCCAAGAUGCUCGACCCCGAGGACAUGAUCAACACCCCCAAGCCCGACGAGCGCUCGGUCAUGACCUACGUGGCUGCCUACUACCACGCCUUUGCCUCGUCGCAAAAGAACGAGAUUGCUGCCCGCCGCAUUGGCAAGCUGCUCGACUUUGAGCAGGAGAUUGGCGCCCUCAUUGACGAGUACGACCGCCUCGUCACCUCCCUGCUCGCCUGGAUUCAGCAGUCCAUCAGCCGUCUGUCCGAGCGCGACUUUGGCAACUCGAUCCAGGGUGUCCAGAACAAGCUCAGCGAGUUCCGCGACUACCGCGUCAGCGAGCGCCCGCCCAAGUCUGCCGAGAAGAGCAAGCUCGAGUCGAGCUUCUCGACCAUCCAGACCAAGCUGCGCCUCAAAAACCGCCCUUCGUACCAGCCCGCCGCCGACAAGACCAUCCACGCCGUUCUCGACGCCUGGAAAAACCUCGAGGCCGCUGAAAAGGAGCACGAGUCGGCCCUUCGCCACGAGCUCAUCCGCCAGGAAAAGCUCGAGGCCCUCGCCGCCAAGUUUGCCCAAAAGGCUGCCAUUUUCGAGUCGUGGGCUGACGGCAAGGACCAGUACCUGUCGUCUGCCGACGUUGGCGAUUCCCUCGCCUCGGUUGCCGCCCUCCUCAAGCAGCACUCUGCCUUUGAGGCCGACCUCGCUGCCCGCGCUGCCCGCGUCGAGGGCAUCCAGACCGCUGGUCAGGAGCUCAUCUCUGAAAACUACUCUGGCGCGCAGGCCGUGUCGGACCGUGUUAACGCGAGCGGCGACAGCUAUGCUUCGCUCCAGCGCCUGAGCGCCGACCGUCGCGCCCGCCUCGAGGAGAGCGAGCGUCGCCAGAAGGCCCUGGACGAGCUCCGCUUUGACUUUGCCCGCAAGGCUGCUGCCUUUGCCAACUGGCACGAGUCUGCCAAGGAGGACUUGCUCGACAGCUUCAAGGUCUACAGCAUUGACGAGAUCAACGACCUCCAGUCCCGCCACGAGCAGUACAAGCUCAACCUGGCCAACCCGGAGGCCGAGCUCGAGCAGCUCCGCGGCCUUGCCUCGCAGCUCGCCGCCGAGGGCGUCUCUGACAACCCUUACACCACCCUCACCGUCGCCGACGUUGAGCAGUUCUGGUCGGAAAUCCAGGCCCUCGCCGUCCAGCGCGAUGCCGACAUUGCCACCGAGACUGGCCGCCAGAACGACAACGAGCAGCUCCGCCUCGAGUACGCUGCCAACGCCAACUCGUUUGGCGAGUGGCUCCAGACCACCAACGCCACCCUUGCUCAGGGCGCCACUGGCACCUCUGAGGAGCAGCUCCAGUUCCUCCAGGCGCAGCAGGCCACCCUCCAGGGUGAGGAAGCCCGCCUGCAGCAGAUUGAGGAGAUCAACCAGCGCAUCGAGCAGGCUGUCAUUCUCGAGAACAAGCACUCGAACUUCCCCAUCGAGUCGAUUCGCGAAAACUGGGAGUCUGUCCACACCCUCCUCCAGCGCUCGCUCAACACGCUCAACAACCAAAUCCUCACUCGCGACAUGUCUGGUCUCACCGAGGAGCAAAUCCAAGAGUACCGCCAGUCGUACAGCCACUUUGACAAGGACAACUCUGGCCGCCUCGACCGCCUCGAGUUCCGCGCCUGCUUGCUCUCGACCGGCUACUCUCUGCCCGAGGUCAAGGCUGGCGAAGCCGACCCCACCUACGACGCCAUCCUUGCCAAGGUCGAUCCCGACGGCCAGGGCUACGUCGAGUUUGACCGCUUUGUCGACUUUAUGCGCAACGAGAACGCUGACACUGACUCUGCCGACCAAAUCAUCGAGUCCUUCCGCGUCAUUGCCGGCGGCAAGGACUAUGUCACUGCCGACGAGCUCCGUCGCGAUCUGCCCCCAGUGCAGGCCGAGUAUGUCAUCUCGCGCGCCCCUGCCCACCCCAGCGGUGGCCUCGACUAUGUCGCUUACGUCCGCAGCGUCUACUAAGCGAGAGUUUCUGGGUUUGUCAGCGUUUGUGUUUUUUUGUGUAAAAAAUUUGACUCCCCCAACGCACCUGCUUGCCUUUUUCAAAAUAAACUUGCGGAAACAAAAAAACGAAAA